CCAUCAAAUAAUAAUAUGAUGAUAUCAUAUCGUCAUCCCUCCUCCAAAGCUUCAGCUCCAAAGUCCGAACCCUAACAAUUUAAAUCGUUGCUACUAGCAAUUAAUUAUUAAUUACUGGUACUUUUAAAAAACAUCUAAUUAAGAUUCUGUUUUAAUUGUUCAGUUGUCCAUCCAAUGUCCAUCAGGACUCAGAUCUAAGUCCAGGCUUUCUCGUUUUGCCGUUUCCUAGUAUUUGUUAUUUGUUAGGUGGAGUAAGUUAGUCCCACAUUGGGGGCUAUUGCUAGGCUUAUAUUUUUCAGGUAAAUAACCAAAAAAAAAUUAAUAAAGAAAGGAAAAUGGAAGGGAAUUCUGGAGGAGGGGGAGGAGGAGGAGGCAGCAGCGGAGCAGACAGAGGAGGUGGAGGUGGAGGAGGAGGAGGAGGAGGAGAAAGAGGAGGAAACGACGUGGAGCUGGUUUGCAAGACACUUCAGGUAGAACACAAGCUGUUCUACUUCGAUCUCAAGGAGAACCCGCGCGGGCGUUAUCUAAAAAUCUCCGAAAAGACAUCCGCUACCAGGUCCACCAUCAUCGUCCCUUCCUCUGGCAUCUCCUGGUUCCUCGAUCUUUUCAAUUACUACGUCAACUCCGACGACCACGACCUCUUCAGCAAGGAAUUGCAGCUCGACACUAAAGUCUUUUACUUUGACAUUGGCGAGAACCGCAGGGGUCGUUUCUUGAAGGUAUCGGAAGCAUCUGUCAGCAGAAACCGCAGUACCAUUAUUGUGCCUGCAGGAAGUACCCGGGAUGAAGGGUGGGCAGCGUUCAGGAACAUAUUGGCAGAGAUCAAUGAGGCAUCACGGCUUUUCAUAUUGCCUAAUCAGCAAAGUUCUGAACCUUCAGAACGUCUUGUUGGGCUUUCAGAUGAUGUAGGGGCUGGCUUCAUAUCUGGACACAGUAGCCAGCCUGCCCCGACUUCUGAAUUGAAUGUAGACAGAUCAGUUGAUUUGCCAGCGCAAGAUGAAAUUGGUAACAUGGGGGUUUCAAAGGUGAUCAGAGCUGAUCAGAAGAGGUUUUUCUUUGAUCUUGGGAGCAAUAACAGAGGACAUUUCCUGAGGAUAUCUGAAGUUGCAGGUUCCGAUCGGUCUUCCAUUAUUCUACCACUGUCAGGGCUGAAGCAGUUCCAUGAAAUAGUGGGGCAUUUUGUGGAGAUUACAAAGGAUCGCAUUGAAGGAAUGACCGGUGCAAAUGUUCGAACAGUGGAUCCACCUCAAAGGUGAAUGCCAGUGGAACAUGGUGAAUUUGGUGAAAUAAAAAAUUAUGAUUCUGUCAAGUUUGCUUCAAAGCCUCUAAUAGCUGUUUGAUCAGAGAUGCAAUUGUGGUCUUAGUUGCGCUCUGCUAUUUUCUUCGCUUCUGCUCUCCAUUCAAGCCUGAAAAUAAUCCGAUUUUUUAUCUGUUUGAUUAACAGAGAAAUAUCGGAGCUACUUGUGAAGCUUAGUUUGAUAGGAAUAACGGACAACAAUUGGGUAGUUGUAAUUGUCAGUUUGAUAGUGUGGCACCCUCAUUACCUUUUCAAUAAUGCUUAUUCAGAUGUGUGUUUUAUUCAGUCUCAGUCUUGGAAGCAAACACUGAUGCAAUGUUAAUUUUUAAUUUUAAACAAAUAUAGCUUGGAAGGGUUGCACUGUGAUUUCUUGGCA